UUUACAAAGUAACAUACCUACCUAAUUCAGACCUGCUGAUAUAUAACUAAUUUAUAAGCACAGGAAAAAUGGUGUUAGCUCCUGAAUUAAGAACUCAUGCUCAAAGAGUUUGUACUCUGUAUAAACAAGCAUUAAGGACACUUGAAGCUAUGUAUGUUAGAAGACAUGUGAUCCGAUUUCAUCAAGUGCAACUAAGAAAGCAAUUUGAUGACAAUAAAUGUGUAUCCGACCCUAAAGAACAACGUCGUCUGCUGUGGGUCGGACAAGAUGAACUAUUUGUUAACAAAUAUCCAUUCCCACCUGCUAAGUUCCCAAGAUCUAUUGGUCUUGCUGGCGGGGUGGCUUACAAGCGAGUGGUAAUUCCACCAGACUGGGUGUUGGAUUAUUGGCACCCUCUGGAGAAAGCUCAAUAUCCUGAGUACUUUGCAAGACGAGAGUGUCGUAAAAUGGAAUACAUUGACUUAUGGUAUAAAAAAAUAUUGAUGUAAUGGUAGUACAAUAAAUUGGUUAUUUGGUUA